AUGCCUAGAUCUUCUCCGCAUCUGCAGACAGACCGCAUCCGCUCCGGUACAACAAGCUUACGGUUGGAAGACCACGCGGGCGACUCAAACGAGAUUGAUCCUUCGACAAGCUACCAGUGCAGAGCUCAUCCCAAGGAGCUAGGAGCCCUCACCAACCUGAACAAGCUUUUGCUGGGCAACAACCCGCCUGAAAAAGACGGCGACGAACGAGUGACGCAGCGGCCAGCGACACGCCUCAAGAACUGGAAGGCACCCGGCCAUGACUCCCUCCCUGCCGAGUUGCUCAAGAUCGAUGACGACGAACCCUUCGUCCUGGGACACCUCCAUACCAUCCUCGUCAAGGUGUGGAACGGAGGAGAUAUUCCGCGAGAGUGGAAGGAUGCAACCAUCAAGGUGCUGUACAAGAAAGGUCACCGGUCCAACUGUAACAACUACAGGGGGAUUUCGCUACUAUCUCACGUAGGCAAGGUCCCCAUCAAGAUCAUCACCAACCGUCUAAGCGCCUUCUGCGAAGCCAACAACAUCCUCCCGGAGGAACAGUGCGGAUUUCGACCCGGGCGAUCCACCGUCGACAUGCUGUUCGUCGUGCGCCGCCUCCAGGAGCUGGGGCGGAAAAAGAUAAUACCGCUCUACAUGUGCUUUGUCGACUUGAACAAGGCGUAUGAUUCGGUGGACCGAGAGAUUUUUUGGAAGGUGCUGGCCAGGGCCGGGAUUCCCGCGAAGCUGAUCGAAGUCAUCCGCCAAUUCUACGCUGGAAUGCGGGCCCGGGUGCGCAUGGAUGACGGAGAACUAUCGGACAGGUUAUUCGUGACACAGGGGGUGCGACAAGGAGGAUGCGUANGAGGGCCGGGAUUCCCGCGAAGCUGAUCGAAGUCAUCCGCCAAUUCCACGAU